AUGUCCAACCCGCCUUUUACGGUUCGAGCGGUCUUCGAGUACGCUUCGGGCCACGAUGACGACCUAAGCUUUUCGAUAGGCCAAGUUAUUACCGUCACGGAUGUGGAAGAUGCCGAAUGGUAUAGCGGCGGAUACACCGACGGCUCCGGGGGCAAGCAUGAGGCGCGCCCGAACAGAGCGAAGAAGGAGCCGGAGCCAGCACCAGCGCCGGUUGAACCCCCCGCGGUGAUCGGGAGUCAACCGCCCGCGGAACCUGAAGUUGCCGAGCAACUACCGGCGGAUGAACCUGAGCCAAUUUCCCAACAGCCUCCUGCAUUGGCGCUUCAGUCUCCUCCUCUGAUAUCAAGCCCUCCAGUCGAAGAACCUACCUCGCCUGUCCAGCUCGCACAUCCGAUCCCAGCCCCUGUCGCACCGGCAGCCGACCCCGCGCCUCCCGUUGUCAAGGCUUCCAAGCCGCCCCCACCUGCUGUUGCUGAGAAGCCCUCCUCGUUCAAGGAUCGCAUCGCGGCCUUCAACAAGUCCGCUGCCACCCCAAUUACCCCUUUCGCACCCGGUGGCCAGAAGCCAGGUUCCUUCGUAAAGAAGCAAUUCGUCGCCCCUCCUCCAAGGAGGAAGAUCCCGGAGGUGCAAGAGCAGAUAGCCCGCGAGCCUCCCGUUUCAGAAAGCCGCCCUCCCCCUCCUCCACCCCAGACUCUUCCGCAAGAAACCGAAGAGGGGGCAGAGGAUCAGCCUAAACCCACCAGCUUGAAAGACAGAAUCGCACUCCUUCAGAAACAGCAAUUAGAACAGGCAGCGCGCCAUGCCGAAGCUGCUCAAAAGAAGGAAAAGCCCAAGCCCCCCAAGAAGCCGGUCGAGCAACCGAUCGAGGCCACGGAGCCUAUUGAAGAUACCGAGGCUUCGCCGAUUGAAGCAGCUGCACCCAUCACCGCCCGGGAUCCUAGCGUUGAUACAGUGCGAUCCAAACCCCCACCGCCCCAGCCUCCUACUCCAUUGGUUGCACCUGAGGAAAUUACUAGCGAUGCAAACGAUGCGGAUUACUCUGCAGCUGCCGAUUCCGAGGAUGCAGGAGAGACCUCAACCAGCAAGGAUGAUGAAGAUGAGCGUCCGCGCCAAAUGUCGACCCAUACUAUUGAACCAAAGGCCGAAGAGGCUGACGUCGAGGAGGGAACAGAGGAGGAAGAGGAGAUGGAUCCUGAAACCAGACGCCGGAUGGAGCUUCGCGAGAGAAUGGCGAAGAUGAGCGGCGGUAUGGGCAUGAUGGGUCUCUUUGGUCCCCCAGGUGGUAUGCCAGGCAUGUCUGCUCCUGGACCUCGCAAGCCCAAGACCCCUGGCGAGUCCGAGAAAAGACUUGGUGAACCUGAACCGACCUCUCCGGGCAAUGCUCCUCCCGUCCCUAUGAUUCCUCUGCCUGGAAUGAACCUCAACACUAAGCCUACCCCUCCCGAUGUCGAGAAGGAGGAUGAGGAACCACUGGCAACUCCUGUCUCUGAGCAACACCCAUCACGCGAGGUGCCAGACGUGGAAGAAGUUGUUCACGAGGGCGCCUUGCCGCGUCGCUCUACUGACCGGGCUCCUCCCGCCCCACCCGCGCAUGCUCCCGCACCGCCUUCCAGAGAAUCACGACCCGUUCCUCCUCUUGUGAUGACAGAAGAGCCGGGCUCGCCUCCACCUGUUCCUGGAGGUCGACCGGCUCCUCCUCUUCACAGAGCUUCCGAGGCUGGAAAUGAGUCCGAUGAUGAACUGUCUGUCCACGCAGGAAAAUUGUCGUUGGACUCUGGUGCCCGAGAUCAGCCUCGAGCCGUCCCACCUCCAGUCCCUACCUCGGCAGUUCCUGACAGCAUUGAUUCUCGUCGCUCCUCAACCUACGAGUCGACACCUUCAACUCCAGCAGCCGAAAAGAGAGCGAGCCGCGUUCCUCCACCAAUCCCAUCAAACCCGCCUAUGCCACCGACACAGAGCCGCGCUCCCCUCCCCCUCCUCCCAACGCACCCCGUCGGCGCUGGAGAGGGCGUCGAGGGCGAAGUUACCGAAUAUGACGGAGAUUAUGAUACUGACAUCGCGUCGGGGGCUAGAUUCAAGGAUGCCCUGCGAUCUCAUGAACGCGAUUCCAGCUUUGACGAGGGCACCAUAACCGAUGAUUAUCCUCCUCAAUCCCCACGCAGCCCCCAGGAAAGUCGCCAGCCUCCGCCUCUUCCCCCAGCCGCUGCUCCACGGGCGGUUCCACCUCUCCCGCCUCAUCAACCUCCUCGAAAUGCCCGGGCUUCAAUUGAUACGCCUCGAGGACCUCCUCCGCCACCGCCUGGCAGGGAGCCGCCGCCCUGUGGGGAUGAUGAUGAGUACGACCCAUUUAACUACACUACUCCAUCACAUGGUCUGCCGCCAAUUCCCACCGGUGGGCGCCCUGAGGCUCCUCCACCCCCUCCCCCGCAGCCAGUGACAGAGUACGAUGAUAUGUAUGACGCUUCUCCUGUUGAGAGCCACGCAACCGACACCUAUCCUACAGUGCAACAUGAGAAGCGACCUUCUCUUGCGCCGCCGCCGCCUCCCAGCCAAGCUCCUUCACUCCCAUCUCCAUCCGUUGGUCGAAGUGGACGGGCUUCCAUGGAUAUGCUGAGAAACCAACCCAAUGUCCGUCGUUCUAUGGAUGUUUCUCGCCCAUCUGUUGAUCAGGGAUAUAUCGCGACCGACAUCGAUCUGGCAGAGAGUACUACUUGGUGGACUCAGCCUAACGCUACACCUCCUGUCUUCCAAGGCCGCAAGGAUAUUCUCUUUGAGGUUGAAGAGUCAUCUUCGUCGAAGCGUGGUGGUAAAACAACCAUUUCGAAGGAUAUUUACGUCUUGUUCAUGGAUUAUUCCCAGACUGUCGUGACGGUCCAAUUCGAUGCCAAAAACCCUGCGGAUGCUGUCCUCGAGCAACGCCAUGAAGCUACCCCUCUCCAGCCUCGACAGGACCAGUUAGAACAGGCUCACCUGCAGCUGGGAACCCGCAUUUUUGAAGCAGUGAAUUCCGUUCAGAACUCAACGGUUGGCGAUGGUACUCCGUUCGGACUGGUCCAGCAUCUUCUGAACCCGCUGGCUGAUGCGCUUCUUCCUGUUGGUACUCGAGCCUAUGGUGCACUGGUCUACUCAAACCUGGCCAAUGCCUCGGUCUCGCAGAAUGACGAGAUCAGGGCGGGUGACAUCGUGAGCUUCCGAAACGCUCGCUUCCAAGGUCACCGUGGCACCAUGCACCAGAAGUAUAGUGCCGAGGUAGGCAAGCCCGACCAUGUGGGUGUUGUUGUCGAUUGGGACGGCACAAAGAAGAAGAUUCGCGCCUGGGAGCAAGGCCGCGAAAGCAAAAAGGUGAAGAUGGAGAGCUUCAAGCUGAAUGACCUACGCAGUGGUGAAUGCAAGGUCUGGCGAGUGAUGCCGCGCAGCUGGGUCGGCUGGGAGUCCUCGAAAUAA